CCUUUAAAUCUGCUUCUGGACCUCUUUCUCUCUCUCUCUGUUUCCCUCUAUCUCACUCUUGCUCAAUGAGAACCCAAGCGGAGGAGAAGUUCUCGGACUACUUCGAGAAGUGGGUAUCUCGGCUUGAAGAGUACUCUCACCAGCUCCACAGCGCGUCCAGAGAGACCUCCACCACCGAGGAGGAGCUCCGCGCCCUCGUCUCCAAACUCACGGCCCACCACAAGGAGUACUACACCGCGAAGUGGGCCGCGGCGGGCGGCGACGUCUUCGCCUUCUUCUCGCCGCCGUGGUCGAGCCCGCUCGAGAACGCCUACUCCUGGCUCACCGGCUGGAAGCCCUCCACGGCGUUCCGCGUCAUCGAGGCGCUGCGGGCGCGGGGCGCGGUGGUGGCGGAGGACCAGCUGACGAGGAUAGAGCAGCUGCGGGCCAAGAUCAGGCUGGAGGAGGAGAGGGUGGAGCGGGAGAUGGAGAGGCAGCAGGUCGGGCUGGCGGACCGCAGGAUGGUCGAGCUCGCGCGGCUGGCGGGCAGGCGGGCCGAGGCGGCGACGGCGGCGGGGGGCCAAGUGGACGGGCUCGUGGACGCGGCGCUGAAGGGCCUGGCGAGCGGGCUGGAGUGGAUCAUGAAAGCCGCGGACUGCGUGCGGCUCAAGACGUUGAAGGGGGUGCUGGACGAGCUGAGCCCGUCGCAGUGCGUGGAGUUCCUGGCGGCGCUCUCGGCGCUCCAGGUGCAGCUGCGGCGGUGGGGGAAGAAGAGGCAGAGCCAAGCCGAGCACAGCUCGAGGGAAACAUGCUAGCAGCAGCAGCAGCAGCCGGGUGACGUUGCCGAAAGCUCGGCCUCGAGGCGGCGGAUUGCUUUAUAGGUUAUAGGCAUGACGAUUAUUUUUCUGUUGUGUCAAUCCGGUUGCUUAGUUUAGUGCGGUUUCAUUUGAUCUUUUUCUAUGUUGAAACUUCGAAAGCAGUUGAAGAAGGAAUGGGAAGGGGUCGCGCUGUGUGUUAAAAAGGGUCCAAGCUUGAGGA